AAUAUUUCAUUCCAUAUCUCCUCCUUUUUUCAAGGCCUUUUUUUUUUUUUGGUUCUUUAAGGGUGUUAUUUACUAGGAUUUAAUUCCAUUUAAAGCAGAGAAAAAUAGGGAUUUCAAUUUUCAAGUAAAGGAAAGAGAAAAUUGAGUGACUUGAGCAAAAAUUUUGAUACUUCUCUUGAAACUUUUCAUUCUUUUGUUGGUGUUGCAUUUGCCCUUUUUCUUACUUUUCACUCAAGAAGAGACCAUGCAGCUAUUGGGCUGUUAAUUUUUUUUCUUGAUUUUCUUAAAGUUGAAAUCUUUUUUAGUACUUUUUAGCUUGAUAGUGUUUUAGGGGUUUGAUGGUGUGUUGAUUUUUUUUUCUUUGAAUUGCUUAAAGUUGCAAUCUUUUUAACUUUUAAAGGUUGUUAGAGUUUGAGGGGUUUGAUGGGGUUUUGAUUUUUUUUCUUGAAUUCCUUAAAGUUGCAUCUUUUUAACUUUUUUAGGUUGUAGAGUUUGAGGGGUUUGAUGGGAUGUUGAUUGUUUUUCUUGAAUAACUUAAAGUUGCAAUCUUUUAAAGCUUUUUUAGCUUGUUGAGUUUGAGGGGUUUAAGGGGCUGAAAUUUUUUCUUGAGUUCCUUAAAGUUUCAUUUUUUUUGAUCAUUUUGUUUGUUAGAGUAAAAGGGGGUUUGAGGGAAGAGGUAGGAGAUGAAGAAUGAUGAUCAAGCAAGGUUUUUGUUUGGGAUUUCACUAACAGAUAAACCAAAAUGGCAACAAUUCCUCAUUUGCUCUUCUGGAUUCUUCUUUGGUUAUCUUGUUAAUGGCUUAUGUGAGGAGUAUGUAUACAAUCGACUGGGAUUCAGCUAUGGGUGGUAUUUUACCUUUGUACAAGGUUUUGUGUAUCUAUUUCUCAUACGUAUACAAGGUUUCACCACAAAGCAAAUGGUGAACCCAUGGAAAAUAUAUGUGAAGCUCUCUGUUGUACUCAUGUGUUCUCAUGGACUAACAAAGGGAUCCUUGGCUUAUCUAAACUAUCCAGCACAAAUCAUGUCCAAAUCCACUAAGGUACUACCAGUAAUGGUAGUGGGCGCCUUUAUGCCUAGCUUGAGGAGAAAAUACCCGGUUCAAGAAUAUGUCUCAGCUGUGCUUUUCGUUGGGGGCCUGAUAUUUUUCACGUUAGCGGAUGCCAAUACUUCUCCGAAUUUCAGUAUCAUCGGUGUCAUUAUGAUAUCUGGUGCACUGGUAAUGGACUCUUUUCUCGGUAAUCUGCAGGAAGCGAUUUUUACACUGAAUCCUGAUACUUCUCAGAUGGAGAUGCUAUUCUGCUCGACGGUCGUUGGGGCUCCUGUUCUACUUCUUCCCAUGAUACUAACAGGAGAACUCUUGGUUGCAUGGAAAUCAUGUUCCGAGCAUCCAUAUGUUUAUGGGGUCUUGGUAUUCGAAGCAAUGGCCACAUUCAUCGGUCAAAUUUCAGUUUUAUCACUCAUUGCUAUCUUUGGGGCUGCUGCUACUGCUAUGGUAACAACAGCAAGAAAGGCAGUGACAUUGUUGUUGUCAUACUUGAUCUUUACUAAGCCACUAACCGAACAACAUUUCUCCGGAUUGCUGUUAAUAUCCAUGGGAAUUGUUUCGCGCCUCUUGCCUGACAGUAAACCUCCUCAAUGAGCAGUGAAGUCGGAUAAUGCAACUAGACGAAGUCAUCGAAAAGAGAUGAACAUAUUAUCAUCAGAAAAUAUUGCAGAGGAAGAGAAGAGACCAUUAGUGUGAGAGCUAGAAAAAAAGAAAAAUAAGUUUUAGCUAGUUGCUGAUAACCAUUUUCUUUUAUUCUCUUUUAGUAUUUUUUUGUUCUUCUUAAGCCUAUUUGUUUUUUUGUUUUUUUUUAACAAAAGCUCUAUUAAGGUGGAGUUGUUGUUUUGUUUCAAUUUGUAACUCCAAAAAAAAGAUUUUAAAGGGAAUUCUUGAAUUUAAUGGUGCAUUUUAUAUUUGUCUGUA